AUGCCGGCUUUACUCGAAGACCCGCUGUCGCCGUUGGCGUACAGAAUGAGUGGUCAGCAGCCUUUUCCCACGGCAGAGAAUCCUCAGAUACCGUCGUCAAUCUUUCCCAGACCGGUCACUCUGAGGGACCGUGUGACAAUAGCCACCCUCAUUCCGUUCUUUACUCCUGAUGAUGUUCCCAAGAGAUUGCUGGCGUAUCUCAGCAAUAAUCUGAACAAGGAAAUCGAAGGGGGGGAUACGUAUCCCAUGAUCGACACCAUGCCCCUCGACCAAUUUGGGAAGUACUGGUUUGGAAACUUUGGCGCAGUCAUGGUCCUCGGUGACAUUGGCGGCAUAGAAGCUGUCAAUGAGAUGGAGAGCAACGGAACCGACUGGAACAAGCUAUGUCUUGGCAGCUUCUACGUCAAGCCCAACUAUCCAGGCCGAAGUAGCCAUGUCUGCAAUGGUGGCUUCCUGGUCACACCUGCUGCACGCAACAAGGGUGUAGGCAAGUCCAUGGGCCAGUGCUACCUUGACUGGGCACCACAACUGGGUUAUACAUAUUCCGUCUUCAAUCUCGUUUACGAGACCAACACCGCAUCAACGAAAAUCUGGGACUCGUUAGGCUUCAAGCGUAUUGGCAGGGUCCCUGCAUGCGGCGUUCUCAAAUCGUAUUCGGAGCCCGUCGACGCCAUUAUCUACGGUCGGGACUUGAAAGCUGAAGGGGAGAACAUCGCCAACGAGGAGCGCUUCGACAAGAUACGGUACUAUCUUCGGCAUUCAUCGUACCCACAGGGUGCUGAUCGAUCCGAGAAGAGUCGGUUAAGAAGCGCAGCCACCCACUACAAGCUCAUCGGUGGCGAAGAUGGAGUUGCAGAAAGAUUGAUGCUGAAGGACAAGGAAGUCAUUUCUGACCCUCAAGCCCAGUACGAUAUCGCCAAACAAACUCACCUCGUAUCUCAUGGUGGUAUCAACAAGACGACAGCGAUGAUCGCCACCAAAUACCACUGGGUACGCAUCAAGGAAACAGUGAGCCAUGUGAUCAAGAACUGCGCCGAGUGCAAAGAGUCCAGCAAAACAGGUACAAUGCGUGCAGAUUCAACCCGGUCGAAUCGCAACAAAGGCGCCGAUGACACGCCUCCUGCUCCUGCCCCUGCCCCUCCAGUACCUCAAAAUCAGCCGCAACAAUCAGAAACGCCUCCAAUGCCUGACAUGAAUGCCCAUCAUGAGCUUCAGCCGAAUCACAUCACUGCCCACGACUUCGGUGCCAUGGACCCUCAUGUUGCGCUGGCCGGCGACCCCUCCAUGCAUGAUCAUGACGCUGAUCUCUCGGCAUACGAUGAUAUGGCUAUUGACCCCACGAUUCUUGCCCAGUUGCAAGCACAGAUGGCGUCCGAUGGUUAUCAGAAUCACCACCAUGACUUCGUACCGGCAGGUCUUGCCGACUACGUGGACGCGUCUCAGCUACAGCAGCCGCAACACGACCACCACGGCUUUAACGGGUUCAAUGGUCAGCACCCAGACCAACAGUUUAUUCACAAUCCUGGGCAGGCAAUGAUGACGCAUGAUCAUGUCAUGGACGACGGCACCGAUGAGACCGGGCUUAACAACAUGGCCCCUAUGCAAAACGUACUUCAUAUGGACUACAUCAACAACGAUGGGAAUUACAAACAAUAA